AUGCAGCUCCCAGUUGUUGUGUUUCGUUUAGAUGAGAAAAACAAAACCCAGAAGUUGUUUAUUGUUGAGAAGCAAUGUGGCAUUGACUACAGAAAGCUUGUUAAUUUAGUUCAUAAGUUUACGUUAGAAACAAAGCUUGAAACAGAAGGGAUCGCAAAAGAAACUUUACGUAACCUUUGUAAGUUGGCAACAACGGAAGCAGACAGAAAGCUUCUUAAGUUUGCAGUUUGCCAGGCAAGUAAAUAUUCGAACAAGGAAGCUAGACAGAAGCUUGGCGUUCAUAAUGUUAGCAAGUUAAAGGCAGAAAUAGAAAUCGCUGUAGAAGAAGCCGAAAAAAUUAGAAAAGAAGUUUCAGAUCUUGCUGCAAUACGGGAGAAAUCUGCCCUUCGAUGCCUAGGAUUGUACUCGAUUGAUGAAAGUGAUUCAAGUGACAGUGAAAAAGAGGGUGAGACUGAUGAAUCGGAUAGUGACAUUGAUUGGCAAAGUGAAUCGGCAAGUGAUACAGAAAGUGACAUUAACAACCAAGGGGCUUCAGAAAUAGAAAAUGCAGUACCAUCACUUCCUAAAUCGCAAAUCGCACCAUUUCUUCCUAAUCACAACUAUUUGCUGGAUUUGUUGAGAGAAAGUAGCUUCAAUUGGUUUUGCUUUGUUCAAGAAUCAAAACUCCUAAUGCGGGAGUGCGACAAUGAAGUUAUUGAUCAGGUUCUCAUUGAUUUUAGUCAGAGCAUUCAUACACUGGAACUGAAUGAGACUGAGAAAGAACGUACUGAAAUGUCAAGACAAGCCUAUUUGAAUAGUGAGAGAGUAGCAGAAUUGAACAACACUGGAUUUACUGAUUCGGAGAGUGACGAUCCAGAAGAUUGA